AUGAUGAUGGGCCAUGUCGUGGCCCGGACUCACCUGAUACUGUCUCGAAGUAACUUCGCCGAUAGCAUACGGUGUCAGGGCUUGAGGGUUUCAAAAAUGGAGUCGCAGCAGUCAAAGCGACCCACUUGCCCUUCUUGCGCUAAACCCACGCAGCUCUGCCUCUGCAACCGUAUCCGAUCUCCGCCUCUGGAUAACCAGGUGAGUGUUACUAUCCUUCAGCACAGCCUCGAGAGAAAACACGCUCUUAACUCAACUCGAAUCGCUAGGUUAGGGCUUAAGAACGUUACUGUCACCACCGUUUGCGAUGUCCAUGACGAGGCAGAGUUCUUGAUAAGAGUUAAAGGAGCCUCCUUGGAGCUUGUUGAUACCUCAAUGUUAGGUAGUGACAAUGUGGAUAAUGAAAGUUUGAAGCUUUAUCAACAAUUAGCUGACAAGAGAGGUUCUUGUGAAGACAAUUUGAUGAGAAUCUCUAUGAAGAAACGAGGUGUCAUCAGCAAUGUCUCCACGUCUUUGCUGGAAGAUGCUAGUUUCGAUGGAAUAUUGGCUUCUCCUGCAGCCAUGGAUGUGUUGGCAAAAGGGUUUGUGGUGACAAAGUUCUCGGAAGGGAAGGAAGAGUUUGAGCUGGAGGUUCCUCCUGGGUCAGCACUGUUGUUCCCUAGCGAAGGAUCUGUGAUGAUCAACGAUCUUAAAGAGAGAGAUUUAAAGGUAAGGAAUCUGAUCGUUCUCGAUGGGACGUGGUCCAAGGCGAGGAGAAUGUACGUUGAGAACCCGUGGCUGAAGCUUUUGAGUAGCCAUGUGAAGCUGGAAAUCGAAGGAGCGAGUUUGUACAGAGAAGUAAGGAGGCAGCCGAGAGAGGGGUGUUUGUCGACGAUAGAGAGUAUUGUACACGCGAUGAAGGAGAUGGGGGAAGAUACUGAAGGUUUGGAUAAUAUGUUGGAUGUUUUUGAAUCCAUGGUUGGAGAUCAAAGAAGAUGUAAAGAUGAGAACUUUGGAAAAAAUCUCUGAAAGCCAAUAUGAUAUUGUUAAAUUGUUUUCAGUUCCUUUGAUUAACUCUUCUAAUUUCUGGAAUGUUUUUUCUUUAACAUC